CAACUGGCAGUUCCCUCUUUCUGGAAUGAAGGAUAAAAGUCAGAAAACUGAAGAUCCUUAGGGAAAAGAAAUUGCCUAGAAGUGGGAUGGAAAUGGAGGGGAAGGUGAAGUCAGCCUAUCCAGGACAAACCUCUUAUUCCUGGAUUUUUGAAGAAAAGGGGACUAGGUGAACUAGUUGCCGGGACAACCAGCUGUUGGGGCAAGGAAAUGGGAGACCUGUGGUUGCUCCUGCUCCUGCCCCUGUCCCUGGCAACCUUCCAUGGGGUCAAAGGCUGCUUGGAAUGUGACCCCAAAUUCACAGAAGAUAUUAGGUCCUUGCUGGCAAAGAUGGUACCCUCAGAAGUCCCCGGCCAAGUUCAUCUGCUUGAACGGCAGAUUAAGGAGAUGACCCAUUUAAGCUUCAAGGUCUCCCGCAGGGACAAGAUGCUUCGGGUGUUGGCUGUUCAUAAGGUUAUCAAGUUGAGAAUAUGGCUGAAGAAUGAGCUUUAUAAACUGGGCAAUGAAACAUGGAAAGGUGCCUUUAUCCUUCAAGGCAAGCUUCUCGAUGUCCGCCAAAACCUGGAAUCCAAACUGAAAGAGAUAUUAAAGAACUUCUCUGAAGUUGCUUGUUCUGAAGAUUGCGUCGUGACUGAAGGUCCUAUCCUGGAUUGUUGGACCUGUCUUCGCAUCACCUCCCGAUGCUUCAGAGGAGAGUACUGCGGAGAAGAGGAUUCAAAGAAGGCUGAGAGUCGAGAGAUUGCACUAUUUCUGAUAUUGCUAACAGAAGUUGUGAUAUUGGGAAGUGCUUUGUUACUAUUCCAUAUUUGUGUGUCUCAUCGGAGGAAAAUGAAGGCAAUACGGAGUUCAUUAAAGAAAUAUUUGGAGAAGAAACUUGAAGAAUUAAUGAGGAUGACAGAUGAGAAGGAUGAUUUUGGAAUCAGAUAA